GUCCCAAGCCUCCUCCCUGAGUCAGUGGCAGGCACUUCAGGGCAGCGUCCUGUCCUGUCACUAGUGUGUAGCUAAGGAAACCUGGCUGAAUGCGCUGUUACUAUAGCUCCGUGUGCCAGAUCUCCGGGGCUGAGCAUAACAGAAGAAGCUUAAGGACACUACGUGCAACAGCCAGCGAGAGCGGGAGACAUCGGUGUUUCCAGAGACCAGACCCACCAUAAAGAGAAGACAAACUUGGAACUCCCCCAGCAUAUUCUUUAGUACAUUUUUCCCCAAAGAUGGUGGGUUCGGUUGCCACAACACUGCCAUUGUCAUCUUCAUUAUCCAGUGGAAUGCCUCUUGGUUACCAUCUGUCUAGUCCUCAGAUUAGUGGAGUAACUAUAUCAACAACUGGACAAUUGACUUCUAAAGCUACUGCAGGUAGCUGUUCCCGAAUGGAAAACAGUUUGGAUGCCGGCCCCUUCUUGGUUCAGAAACAGGAUGAAUCACCUUGGUUCAGAAAGAAACAGGAUGAAUCACCCAUGAUUGGGGAUGGAGAAGAUUAUUUCCUUUCUCUGUUUGGUGAUUCAAAGAAACUUACAGCACACUCAAAGCACACUCAGAAAACUUUAAAAUACUUUUCUAUGAUUCUUGAAGAAGUUGGCCAAUUUACCGCCAGUUCUCUUGGAGACAUUGAAAUAGCUGAAGUGAAUGUCAAGGGUUUGUUCGUGAAGCUCAUUAACUCUUCCCUUGACAAAGAAAUGGCAAUUGGAGAUCAUAUUCUCCAGCAAAAUGUGAAUGGACAAACCAUUUCUUUGUACCGAUUCCUUCCAAACAUUGUAAUGCAGGCCAGUUCCACAGUAACAGUGUGGGCAGCAGCAUCUGAAGCAAAGCAUCAACCUCCAUCAGAUUUUCUUUGGAAGGAACAAGACAAGUUUAGAACAAGUCCCGAUUGUAUAACAAUCCUGUGCAAACCGAACAGUCAAGCCAUUGCCUGGUACACCCCUAUCCACUGGAAGCAAGCAUGGGAAAAAUUAGAUACUGACAUUGAAUUUAACAGAUGUUCAGUAGUAUCUCCAACAUUCCGGAAGCAUGUGUUUCAGUGGACUGCAUCUACAACUACAAUAACUAAAGAAAAACAAGAUCAACCUAAGGAAGAUAUCUCAAAUUAUCAGGUGGAACAAGCUCAAGUUUUUCUUAAGAGAGAGAAGGAAAUCCCACCAACCGUCUUCCCCAAUCGCAGCCCUUGGUGCCAGAAUCCCUGUGUCUCUGCACAUCCUUACUGUCCUCUGAUUGAACCACACAAUACAGCCACCACUGGAGGCAACUUGGAGAGACAGCCCAGGUCUCGGUCAACCAGACCUUAUCGAGCCUCAGGGACUAAGAAAAAGAAGACAUCUGAGUCCCAAAAGCAAUAAGCAGUCAACUCAACCUUUAAAGGUAAGUGACAGUAUUGCAAAUUUGCUUUCUCAACAGAAAAAUAAUAUGACUAAAGUAAUUGGCAGAAAUGUCUUUGAAAGUCAUCAGAACAUGGGUUGUCCUUAUAAAUUCCAUAGUCACUAAUUUUCUGUUAAAUAUUUAUGUUGCCUUUAGAGCCAUCAGUUUUUGUCUUCACGUUGAAUGAUAAGCUUUCUAAGAAUGGGAAAUUGGAAAUGUCACAUUACUUUUUGCCCCAUAUCCUCAAUUUAUCCUUGGUGAUGGAUAAGUAAUGAGCCCUUGAACUCCAGAGUCACUUCAAACACUCAAAAAACAACUCUGCAACUACACCAGUACAUUUUAAUUCCUAUGAGCAAGAGAGUAUUAAUUACUUCACAGAAAUCAUUCUGGCUAAUGAGACUGCAGCUAUUCUCACUUGCUAAAUGAUAUUGUAUCAUUUAAAGAGUCAAUUCCUAUGUUGCCUCAUCUCUUUUUCAUGAUGAUGUCAACUAAGUAAUUGAUGAAUAUCUCAACAAAGUUGGUGUUCUGUCUUUUAAGUGGCUGAGUUUAAAUGUUUCCCUAAAUAGCUAAUGACAAGGUGGUGUUUUGAUGAAGAUUCCUUUUGUUUGAUGUCUUUCUCUAGUUCGCAUUCUUUGCUGCCCUGGUUCACUGCUGGUCUAUUUAUAGGUUUUCUUGUUUGUUUUUUCUGCCUAGGCUUUCUAUUCAUUCCUUGACUUAAGAUGAAAACUAUAGCCACCUGAACCCUAACUUGCUGGUAUUCUGGACUCUUCUGGUAGAAAUGACUUAAUUUUACUACUCCAUACAGCCUGCUGGCUCUCUGGGUUUCUCCAGCUCUCCUCAUGUAUGCACAAGCCUUUCAGGUUCUAUCUGACUGCUCAGCUGUCCAGUUUUAUUCAUCCUGUCUCUCCCUAGAUUUUCCCUAAGUGUCAUCUUCUAUUUUUCUGAAAGUCAACUACUCUUUGACAAGCCCACUCUCUCCAUUCCUAUAGCAUCAUAUUCUUGAACUGCCAACUUCCUAAAAAUGUGAUAGCCACAACUUCUCUAUUCAAAGCCUCCUUCACAGACACUUCUAGGACAUUGGGACUGAAAAGGGACUUAUCCAACCAUUUUCCUUUAGGGUAAAGGAAAUUGCAGUCUGAAGAGGUGAAUUACCAAAAUUAGCCAGUAAUUGACCACAAAGCCAGAACUAAUCCCAAGGUAUUUUAAUGGCAAAGAAUUGUAUUCCAGGGAGCCAAGAAUUCAGACUUGGCUCCUAGUAAUAUAGUUCUUGUUCCCAGAGAUCUUGAGUUAUGUCUACGUGGUGAUCGAUUUCCUUCAGUUGCCAUACGCUUUAGUAGUGUGCAAUUGAAAUGCAAAGAAUGAGGUCUGAAAUCUGCCUAGGCAUUUAGCAACAACACUUCAAUAAUUUGAUUGCGCUUCACUCUCUGUAGCCAGAGAGAAUUCUACUGAAUUUGCAUAUGAGUUGGAAAAGGGACAUUUUAUUGUAUACAAAAAAAAAAAUGAAUUUUGCUUUUGUUUGGUUGGAAAGAAUGUUCUGAAUCAUCCCAUUGGAUAUUAAAUAACAUAAUUUGGCAGAGGUUUUUAGCCUUUGUUGAUCUUCCUCCAUUAUUAUUUUGCUUAACUACCAUGAUAAAAGACUUGUUCAUUGAUCCUCUCUGUGGUAGCUUUGAUUUUUUUAAAAAGCUACCCACCCUGUUUUGAAAAGUUCUGGGCCUCCUAAGAUGCCUUACUUCUGUUUUCUCAGAGCUCCCACCCUCAUCUGGUGGUAUCUUCAGGGUGGAUCAUCAAUGUGCCCUUCCCUGUGCCCUUCUGAAGCCUUACUGGGAGCAAAAUUUUACUUAUUCAGUUUAACUGUUCAUGAGUGGAUGACUUAUCUGUUGCAAUCAGCUCCUGAGUCGGACUUGUCAGUUUGUGGAAAAUUGUUCAGAGAUGAAGCAAUUGUUUGUUUGGUUCUUACUGGUAUUCGUGAGCAUCCUUGGCAACUUGUAAUGCCGUACAUUUGGAUAGCAUUUCAUGGCUGGCCGUGCAUGGUGGCUCACACCUGUAAUCCCAGCACUCUGGGAGGCUGAGGCAGGUGGAUCACGAA